UGCAAUGAGACGAUUGUCAAUUUUCGUCCAGCUCACUAUUUCUCUACGUUCGUCGCAUCGAUAAACAAAAGCAUCCGCGAAAAAAAGAGUUUUCAACGCAAAAAAGAUGCAUUUUGCCGUGAAAAAAGUGCCACUCAAGCAUAUUCUCCGCAAGUGACCGAUUUUAGCAUGUGUAAGGUGUAUAUCUUAGAAAAAAGUGAUAGAAUUUUCCACGGGUGGAAAUUGAACAAUUUUCCUUCGUUUUGAGAGCUACAGAAAGGGGGAACGACCCAUUGGCACCGUGGUGUUGGUAGAAGUGCUGAAGAGUGUUGUACGUACAAGUCGCCGCUUAGCUGGCGGUGCAGCUCAGCGGCAUAGUGGCGACAUCGGAAGUACAAAACCUAUACAUGUGUGAGUGGGUGUAGGUACGCUGUUUUUGGUAAUAAAAAACUUAGUAUAAAAGUUAGAAAAACCAGCAGAACAGUGUCGCACCCCUUAAGCAGCAAAGGUAUAGAGAGAUCAGCGGGGAAGAUCUUUUUGUUUUAUGGCAACAAAAAAGUAAUAAAAAAUCUCCCUCAGUGUGUGGUGAUAAGAAAACGUCACUAAGGGGUGCGUGCGUGAGUAAACAAAAGAAAAGUUGUAGCCGCCAAAGGAAAGCAGAACAGUUCUGAUUGUCGGUCAGAACGAGAAUUAUGUUAACAGCCUUCUACAUUGCGGCAGUAGCAUUCUGUUUACAAAGCUCAGUAUCAAUAGGAGAAACGACCAAUGUGCUGGAUAUAGCAAAUAAUGGGUUAAUCAAACCUUUGCCUGCAGCAGAGAAAUUUAACCGACGAAAAAAGACUGAAAAGCUGCCAUAUCGUGAUGACGAGGAAAAAAUCGAGCUUGGCGUUUGCCAGGUGUACGUCGGAACUACUUGCGACGAAUUUUUGCGCAACCAAACCGUAUUCAUUACACCGGACAUCACGAUGGAAGUGUUGGAAGAGCGACUCAAGGCAGCUUACGGCGUCAUCAAGGAAUCCAAAGACAUGAACGCCAACUGCCGAGUGUACGCUUUGCCUAGUUUAUGCUACAGUAUUCUGCCCGUGUGUCGAACACCGGAGAAAACCAACCAUCAAUAUUUCGCCAACAAAGCAGCGGCCGAAGCAGUUCGACGUGGCAGCGGAUACAACCGGUCAAAGUUUAAAUCUCACGAAAAGAAAAACAAUCGAAAAUCAGCCAUAAAAACUACGACUGUUUCUUCUACGGUGAUGACUACUACGGAAAGACUAAAAGUAUACUUCAGUGGUGGAGUAGCUCCAACCUUCAACAUCAACGACUUCAACGGCGAUAUUGUUACAGAGAAUACUUUGAACGAUGGGGGUCGUAAAAGAAGAUCGAGCGAUGUUGAAGCUGAUAAAAGUCGACGCUUCUUGCAGCAAAACACCUACAUAAGCGAUGAUGGUUAUUACUCAUCUUACUCAGCUAACGCCAACAGUAAGAAAAACUAUCCUCCAACAAGAAACACUGAAAAUUUACGACGUAUCUGCAGAAAUGACUGUGAACUGUUGGAAAAUGAGCUGUGUCAAACAGAAUAUGCGAUAGCUAAACGACACCCAACGAUCGGACAGAAACUUCCACUGGAAGAGUGUGAUGAUCUACCACUGCAAGAUUCGGUUGAUGGAACCAUAUUGAACGGGAUUGGAGGACUCGGCAGUUCAGGGGAUAUGGAAUGCAUGCGGUUGGGUAUCAAAAUGGAUAUUGUCCCAGACGAUGAUUGCUACUGGGAAACCGGCAUCACUUACAGAGGUAUAUUGGCGAAAUCCAAUUCUGACAAACCUUGUAUGCGAUGGUCUAAACUGAUGAGGGAAAUUUCAAACUAUCCGGAGCUGGCAGGCCAUAACUAUUGCAGAAAUCCAGGUGGUGAACAAGCCUCACCUUGGUGUUAUGUGGAUCUUAAGAAAACCAUAGAGUUUUGCGAAAUCCAAAGGUGCUCAGAGCGGAUGUGGCUAUAUUUGAUCGUUAGCUUUGUAGCCUUCUCCACAACAAUUUUCAUAAUUGUGACAAUCCUGUGUUGCAGAAAGUACAGGAAGCAUGGCGUUUCGAACAUACAAAAUAUUAAUCUCCCGAAUGCAGACAAGAACAUUUAUGGAAAUUCUCGUCACAAUUCGCCAAUCGAAAUGACUUCUCUUAUCGCCAAUCAAAACGCAACCGGUGCUAUCAAUAGAAACUCCGAGAAUGGAGGUAUUCAAGGAUUGACCAGCGGUCAAACGGGAAAUCAAGGUCAAACUUCACAAUCCCGUAACAAUGGUAUAGCUCGGGUCCCCCAGUAUACAUUGCAAGACGUGCGCUUUGUAGAAGAGCUUGGAGAAGGUGCCUUCGGAAAGGUUUACAAGGGUGAACUUACGCAAAAAGAUGGCGAUAAAAUCUUUGUCGCUGUCAAAGCUCUGAAAGAAAAUGCCAGUGCUAAAACGCAAGCCGAUUUUAAACGAGAAAUCGAGCUGAUUUCUGAUCUCAAACAUGACAACAUUGUUUGUAUACUGGGUGUAGUUCUGAAGGAGGAACCGCUUUGUAUGUUGUUUGAAUAUAUGGCACAAGGCGACUUGCAUGAAUUUCUCAUCGCAAACUCUCCGAAUGAAGGAAAGCAACUAACGCAGUUGCAAUUUUUAUUGAUUGCCCAGCAGAUUUGCGAUGGUAUGGAAUAUCUCGCCAGUCACCAUUAUGUUCAUAGAGAUUUGGCCGCUAGGAAUUGUUUAGUUGGAGAGCAUUUGACUGUAAAAAUCUCAGAUUUUGGAUUGUCGCGUGAUAUAUACAGUUCUGAUUAUUAUCGAGUUCAAUCUAAGUCGCUGCUGCCCGUUCGCUGGAUGCCGUCUGAAUCGAUCCUCUAUGGUAAGUUCACAACAGAAAGCGAUGUCUGGUCUUACGGAGUAGUAUUGUGGGAGAUCUAUAGUUACGGGCUGCAACCGUACUACGGAUACAGUAAUCAGGAAGUUAUUAACAUGGUCCGAGCCAGGCAGCUGCUACCAUGUCCAGAAGCUUGCCCAAGUGCAGUUUACUCGCUGAUGGUUGAAUGCUGGCACGAGCAAGCGGUUCGUCGUCCAACAUUCCCGGAAAUCGGCCAUCGCCUUAAAAUUUGGUAUCAAGCUCAAAAGAGAAAUGAACAAAACGAACAAGGUUUUAAUCGUAAAGGGUCCGUCUUAAGUGUCAACAAUCAACGAAUGUCCUCGCAAGGAAAUCUAAAUGCAGUUACGCCCUCAUCAUCGUCCAGCCAUCAUUCACUGAACCGAAACACGUCCGUAGAUCCUCGAGAUCAAAUGCCACAGCAGCAGCUACCACAUUCGACCCACCAGCCUCGUAAACAUCAUCACUCACUAGAACGGGAAAAGAUGUUGCGCACCAACCAGCAACAAACCCUUCAGCAACCACAACCUCACCACCAUCACUCUCGAUCCCAUCAUCAGCAUCACAACUCGUUGGAUCGCUCCAACAGCGGCAAGCUUGAGGAUAGUGAACAGUUUGAAACACAAAGCAAUCGCAGUUUCUACCACAACGCCGGAACCAGCCGCAGCAGUAAGAGUAUACAUUCUAUGCAAGAGAAUCCUCAAUCGCAAUCACAUCACCAUCAACAUCAACCAAGCGUCCAAUCAUACAAGAACUUCAGUUUGCCUCGCAAAAGCAUCGACAGUAACUUGGAAUUUGGGGAUGGGGAGACAACGGCUGCUAGCAGUCCAGGGAUGGGUUAUUCCAACCGUGACUCCAAACGUCCUCCCAAAGACCCGCAUCGCCAUCAUCAUCAUCACCAUCACCAUGGCUCUGGACGAAGUCGGCGGAUGGAACAAUCAGCCGGAACCAUUUCGGUUUCAUCGCUCACCAGUGAGGCUGACCUAAAUCAGCAGAAUCAAACAAUACCAAAGAAUAGUACCCAGUCACUGGCACAACCAUUGAUGAGUCGAAAACCGAGCAACAGCGGAAGCAUUCUUAGCGUAGCGAGCGAGUCCAACAGUUCCUUUGGUAACGUCAACUGUAACAGCAACAAUAACUGUAACAGUCCGGCAACAAUAGCAACGACGCCAUGCGGUGACUCCUCUGGACUUCCUCUGAUGCAAAGCUCGUAUCACGAAUGAUGAUCCUAGAAAUGGUGACUCUUGUUUAAAUAUUUAUUUAAUACAAUACAUGCAUUUAUCAUAAUUACGGUAAGUUUGAAAGUGGAAAUCAUGAGCAAGUAGGAGUUUUAGAUAAGCGAAACACACAAUACUAAGAGGGAAGUAAGCUCAUUUGGUAGCACAUAGGAUAAAUGGUUCUCAAAGACGAUAAGCUGGUAGCUAGAAGAUAGCGAGAUGGAUGGUUUUUACUCCUUGUGUAACGGUGAUCUCUUUUUUGACUGCUUGCACGAUUUAAACAUUGAAGUAUUACAAGACUUGUAUUAUAUGUUCAAAGACUGCCCAAUUUUUUAUGUUCGCGGAAAAGAAAAACAAUCUACUAAGAAAAGUUUGAUUAUUUUACCAAGCCGAGUAUUUUUAAGCAGCUUUUUUAUAUUAUUAUCAUUGUCAUUACUUCACGUCAAGUUAUUUUACGCUAUCAACAGGAACAUUCAUCCAUCUCAAGAAUAUUGUCACCCUUUAUAAACUAAUCUCAAAGAAAAAGACGGCAUAGCUUUAUGCCUGGUGAAAUAAACUUAAGUAUUACAUGAACACGAAA